GUAACAAAUAAAUAUCUUACAAUGAGUUCUCUACUCUGGAUUUUAAGUGUCGCCAUUGGAACGAUUGGAAUCAGAAGACAAAAAUAUAAUUCUCUAACCUUCUAUUUUCUGGGAAUAUUUGUGUCAUUUACGAUUGAAUUUUCGAGUACUAUCGUUAUUUUGGCAACCAAUCACAUUGCUGAUCAUUAAUUAGGGAUUUAUAACAAAAAUGGACUAGUCAGGUUAUAAUAAUUAUUGUAUAUUUCAUAGGAUAAUUAUUUUUAUGACACUUGAGUUUAUGGUACUUCUCUUUUAGAUCAUGAUGCUUAGGUCAGUAAGACAAAUAAGACAAUUAUUUAUUGACAUUGAGAGAUUAUAAAUAGAGAAUCAAAGUAAUAAUUAAAUCGAAAUCGAAAAAAUGUUAUGA